AUGUCUGCCAGACCACAAGUUACUGUUCUCUCCACUGAAGGUAAAGCUACCUCUGCUUCUGUCCCAUUGCCAGCCGUCUUCAAGGCUCCAAUCAGACCAGAUAUUGUUCACUCUGUUUUUACCAGAAUCAACAAGAACAAGAGACAAGCUUACGCCGUCGCUGAAAACGCUGGUCACCAAACCUCCGCUGAAUCCUGGGGUACCGGUAGAGCUGUUGCCAGAAUUCCAAGAGUUGGUGGUUCUGGUACCCAUAGAGCCGGUCAGGGUGCCUUCGGUAACAUGUGUAGAGGUGGUAGAAUGUUCGCCCCAACCAAGACCUGGAGAAGAUGGAACGUCAAGGUUAACCAUGGUGAAAAGAGAUACGCUACUGCUUCUGCUAUUGCCGCUUCUGCUGUCCCAUCUUUGGUUUUGGCCAGAGGUCACAAGAUCGAAACUGUUCCAGAAGUCCCAUUGGUUGUUUCUAACGAAGUUGAAUCUAUCACCAAGACCAAGGAAGCUGUCGCUGUCUUGAAGGCUAUUGGUGCCCACAGAGAUGUUGUCAAGGUCAUCAAGUCCAAGAAGUUGAGAGCCGGUAAGGGUAAAUUGAGAGGUAGAAGAUUCACCCAAAGAAGAGGUCCAUUGGUUGUCUACGGUCAAGACAACGGUUUGGUCAAGGCCUUCAGAAACAUUCCAGGUGUUGAAACCGCUUCCGUUUCCUCUUUGGGUUUGUUGCAAUUGGCUCCAGGUGCUCACUUGGGUAGAUUCGUCAUCUGGACUGAAUCUGCUUUUGCUCAAUUGGACAAGGUUUACGAAUCCAAGUCCGGUUUCGAAUUGCCAGCUAACAUCAUCUCUAACUCUGAUGUCACCAGAUUGAUCAACUCUACUGAAAUCCAAUCCGUUGUCAGAGCUGCUGGUCAACCAACCCAAAAGAGAACUCACGUUCAAAAGAAGAACCCAUUGAAGAACAAGCAAGUUAUGUUAAGAUUGAACCCAUACGCCAAGGUUGUUGCUAAGAAAUAA